AUGCUACACUACUGCUUAGUCCACACUGCUUAUCAUUUAAGCAGGCGUUUGCCAAAGCACCGAAGGCUGAAAUUACCAAGAUCAUCGCGAUACUGUCAACAGCCGCUUCUGAAUAAUCUCGCCUGCUUCAUCAUGCUGUCCCUCGUGGCUACCGGUUUUGCAGUGGUGGUCACCCUGCUGGACCCAGUCCCUCAGAGCUUCAAGGCAGCCUUCCAUGUGUUUGGAGUGGUGUCAUUCACUGAGGGUCUUUGUACCACCGCCCUGACUGCUACAGCUGCUAACUGUUUGGCAGCUGCCCCUGCCUGUGGCACAUCUGACCACAUCGGAUCACACAGCCGCAUCAAUAAUGCAAGCCGAAUCCAUGGCAACGCCUGA